AUGUCUCCACCCUGCAAGAAGCUCGCCAAAUGGGACACGGCCUCUCUGAAUAGAGGCAACAACCUCUGGAUCGGCUACGGUGACCACUACGGCGGUUUCAUCGCCGGCCUAGUCUUCGACGGCGACUUCGUCCCUGAUCUACCUGGCCGCCUCCUCUUCAAAGGUCGUUUCAAUAAAACAAUCAAGAAAACGAACGGCCAUGACACGAACGAAGUCUCUUACAUCACCGACGUGCUCUACCCCCCAGUUCUCGAUGGUAGCUUACCCUACAAUGACCAAUGGAAUCGCGGCAUCACCUUCGCCAGCGAAGCAAUAAUUAUAUGUAAUACCAACUACUUGACCGCGCCUUCAACAAUCAAACCCACGGCUAAAUGUUUUUCGUCCCCCCCAGCCUUCCACGCAAACGACACGGCAUACACCUUCUACAACGACCCUGGCUCCAACUAUAGCUACGGCACUUACAACGCGACUAUCGCGCAAGCGACGCAGCAGCACGUCACCUCCUUCGUGGGAACAGGAAUCCAAAGCGGCGGUUCCGCGUUCAACGACAUCCCUACCUAUGGCAAUGGCACCAUUCUCAACCUCAACAACACCGGCCUACCUUUCCAGCCGAUCCCAGACCCAGACGCCACGAAUCGAUGUCUCUUUUUCCAACGGGCGCCGUUCGAGAACUCGACGGCUGGGGAUGCGCUCAGUGCGUUCUAUGCCGACGGCACGAGCGGGAGCAAUGGCACAAAGGGGAGUGGCGACUCCAUCGUAGGAAUUGACGGUGGAACAUUGGGGCCGGGAGUGCAGACAGCUUCGAUUUCAUCGAGUGAAGAUUUGAGCGUGGGCGCUGUGGGGUUGGUGAAGGUGGUGGAGACGGCGUUGGGUGCGAUUGCUACGGUUGCUGGGUGGCUGCUGUAG